AUGCGUCUCUCCACCUGCUGGCUUGCCGCUCUUUUGUCCGCCGGCGUCCUCGCCCAAGAUGACAACGACAACUCCCGCUCCGCUUCUGCCAGCGCUAGCACGGUUGUGCUCACCGGCACAAACACGAGGCCCAGCGCAACGGUGCCCACCGGCACCUACAUCUCCUACACGUCCACCGUUCGCGUGAGCACUGGCGACGACGACGACGGGCCAGGCACCAAGACCAGGACUCCCACCGCAGGCGCCUCGUCCGAGGCCAGCGUCAGCGAAGAGAAGACGGUCACUGUGAAGACGCAGCACACCAUCACCUUGCUCACUGGCGCCGACGGCACCCGCACGUACACCGGCGGCCCUCUAACUCCGACCCCUGGAAAUUCCACGGCCACCGAGACCAGCAGCUCAGCCGCUCCCACUAACACUCAGCCAUGCAACGGCUACACGGAACUCUGCGCACGCAAGUAUUCCAACGUCACAGAGGUCUGCGCGCAUAACUCGCCCUUCACCGUCAAGAACAAUGCCGCGGCCAACCAGAACUACGACGUGACCACGCAGCUGAAUGAUGGCAUCCGCAUGCUCCAAGCACAGGCCCACUACAACGGCACUGGGCAAUUCAACCUGUGCCACACCUCUUGCGACAUUCUUAACGCCGGCACCCUGGUCGACUAUCUCAAGAAGGUAGCCAGCUGGGUGCAGCAGCAUCCUUACGACAUUGUUACCAUCCUUAUUGGAAACGCCGACUAUGUCACGGCCACCAAUUUCACCACUCCGAUCGAGGAAUCCGGCCUCAAGCCGUAUGCGUACGAGCCAUCGGUGAUUCCCAUGGCCGUCGAUGAUUGGCCAACCUAUUCCGAGAUGAUCCUCACGUCGAAGCGCGUCGUUUUCUUCUUGGACUACCAGGCGAACCAAACGGCGGUCCCCUACCUCAUGGACGAAUUUAGCCAGCUGUGGGAGACGCCUUUUGAUCCGACCGACCAGGCGUUCCCCUGCACCGUCCAGCGGCCCCCGGAGCUUCCUCAGGACCAGGCCAAAAACCGCAUGUACAUGAUCAACCACAAUCUCAACGCGGAGAUCUCGAUUCUCGGCAACUCAAUCCUGGUACCAAACAAAGUCAAUCUGACUCUAACAAACGCCAACACUACUGACUACGGCGCCCUGGGCCUUUCGGUCAAUCAGUGCACGAACAUGUGGGGCAGGCCCCCGAACCGCCUGAACGUGGAUUAUUACAACAUUGGCAACAUCAACGGAAGCGUGUUCGCUGCAGCUGCAGCCGCCAACAAUGUCACGUACAACGGCAAAUGCUGCGGACUUGAUAGCACUUCGGACGGCGUGACGGACUCGGCGGCCCGGCCGCUGCUGGCCCUGGCCAUCUCCGUCUUUGUCGGGGUCGCCCUUUUGUAA